GCGGACUUCUACUGGAUGCCCGUUCCCUCGACCGGACGAUCGCCGAAACCGCAUUGCAACGUGCUCAUGGCACAAUUGCGGGAUUACUUGCACACUGCAAUACCAACUCCGUUGAUGGACGUCGGAGUAGAGGUUGUCGACCUUCACAAUUACAUUGCGAAGAUCGACCGCGAGUUCAGGACACAAUGGUACGACGACAUCGACGUACCAUUGUUAUAUGUACGCAUUCAGAUCGGAGAGGCGACCUGCAGCGCUUUGAUCGAUUGCGGAGCAUCUCGCAACUACAUGAGCCAGGACUUUAUGGUACGCGUCGGCCUUGGCCCACGCGUCCGGAGGAAGUCCCAGCCUACGCAAGUCACGUUGCCAGACGGUCACACGCACAAGUCAAUCGACCGGUGCAUUGAUGACGUCCCUAUGUACUUUGCCCCCCAUGCAAGCGAGGCGGUGUCCUUUGAUAUAUUGGACACCAAAUUCGACAUGAUCUUGGGCAUGUCAUGGCUGCGAAGCGAGGAUCACCCCGUGAACUUCUACCGCCGCACCGUUCACGUUCGUGAUCGGAACGGAGUACUAGUCCCAUGCACGGUAGCUCCUCCUCACCCUUCGAUCAGCUGCCACGUGGUAUCCGCCGCAAGCAUGCGAGCUUCCAUCAUCAGAGACGACAUCGAGGAGAUGGCGGUGUGUUUUCUCCACGCCCUACCGCCCCAUGACGCUUCAUCGACGGACUCAUCUUCGGACCCACGCAUCACCGAGUUUCUCGACGCCUACGACGACGUGUUCGAACGCCCGCACGGAGUAGUACCGGAUCGGCCCGUCCGCCACGAGAUCAUCCUCGAGGACGGGGCUGUACCUCCACGCGGUUGCAUCUACCGAAUGAGCAAGGAAGAGUUAAGUGUGCUACGGGCACAAAUCGACGACCUUUUGGAGAAAGGUUGGAUUCGGCCUAGCUCAUCGCCAUACGGUGCUCCUGUUCUCUUCGUCCGGAAGAAGAACAAGGAUUUGCGGUUGUGCAUCGAUUAUCGCAAGCUAAAUGCACAAAUGGUCAGAAACGCCGGUUCUCUUCCACUCAUCGACUACCUCCUCGAACGGCUGGACGGUGCUCCUGUUCUCGUCCGGAAGAAGAACAAGGAUUUGUGGUUGUGCAUCGAUUAUCGCAAGCUCAAUGCACAAACGUUCAGAAACACCGGUUCUCUUCCACGCAUCGACGACCUCCUCGAACGGAUGGGCAGCGCCAAGUUCUUCUCCAAGCUUGACCUCAAGUCGGGAUAUCACCAACCCGAGAUUCGGCAGGAGGACCGCUACAAGACCGCGUUUAAGACGCGAUAUGGGCAUUUCGAAUGGCUGGUUAUGUCAUUUGGCCUUACGAAUGCCCCAGCCACUUUCCAAGCACCAACACCACGGACGUUUGUUCAUUCAUGGGGUUGGCGGGCUACUAUCAGCGAUUCAUCACCGGAUACUCAAGGAUUGUCGCACCUAUAACGAGAUUACAAUUGCCAAAAGUG